CUGGAGGAGGUGUGGCCGCCGCCAUCUUGCUUUCUAAGCUCAGGGACAUUGAGGGCACAGGUUGACUGGUGGCGGUCUUCCCAUCUUCAGUACAGAGCAACUCACCUUCUACACCGGCCACACCAUGCUUUCCAGAGUCGCCCUCGUCUCGGCCUCUGCCUUGAAGAACUCUGCUCCUAUGAGUGCCAGCAUGCUGAAUGUAUGCAGGGGUUUUCACACAGGGCAGCCAGCCUUAGCUCCUGUGCCCCCCCUUCCAGAGAAAGGUGGCAAAGUACGCUUUGGGCUUAUACCAGAAGAAUUCUUCCAGUUCCUCUAUCCUAAAACUGGAGUCACAGGCCCUUAUAUGUUUGGUACUGGACUCCUGGUGUACAUUCUGUCCAAGGAAAUCUACGUCAUAAACCAUGAGACCUUUGCUGCAGCCUGCAUUGCCAUUUGUCUGUUUUACGGUAUCAAGAAAUUUGGACCUAGUGUGGCAGCUUUUGCUGAUGAACUCAAUAAUGAGAAAGUUGCAAAAGCUCAAGCAGUGAAAGAUUCGGCAAUUAAGAAUCUUGAGCGUGCAAUUGAGGAAGAAACAAAAGAACAGUGGAGGGUAGAAGGACGAAACAACCUAUUUGAUGCCAAAAGGAACAAUAUAGCAAUGCUGUUGGAGAUCAACUAUAGGGAGAGGUUGCUGAAUGUAUAUAAUGAGGUCAAGAAGCGUCUGGACUACCAAGUGGGUCUGCAGCACCUUCAGCGCCGCAAGGAGCAGGAUCACAUGAUCAGCUGGGUAGAAAGCAAUGUGAGGCAGAGCAUUACACCACAGCAGCAAAAGGAGAGCAUUGCCAAGUGUAUCUCAGACCUGAAACUUCUAUCAAAGUCUGCACAAGCUACAGCCUGAGUUUUUGUUUUUUUCUCUUACGCUGCAGACCUGCUAUGUAUAAAUCUUAAUUAAAUGUUUCCACAAUGUA